AUGGCUAGAGAAGACCAUAACCCAGCGAUGGACCCAGAUGAAAUGGAUUUUGAUCAAAUUUUGGAUGAGUUUUCUCAGCACGAAUACCUUGGAGAAGCUGCAUCUGAUAUACAUAUGAAGCAUGCGCUGUUGUCCCACCAAGAAGAAGCUCUGGAAUUCAUUAGGCUCAGGGAGUCAGAGGCUACACUGAGUUUCCGCAAUAUGUGGGAGACCAUUGGGCCAAACUCUGAAUGCUUCCAGCAUAUCAUCACAGGUGCCAAAAGCUCGAUCCCAAGCGACAUACGCGGAGGAAUGAUAGCGGACGAGAUGGGCCUUGGGAAAUCACUUACAAUGAUCGCAGCAAUUUUGAGAUCAAAGAACUCUGCAGGCUCCUUUUCGCAAUCUUGCGUUUCUGGUUCUUCUGUGGGUGGUGACUUUACACUCACUUCAAAGGCUACAUUGAUAGUCGUACCUUCUGCACUUCUGCUCGACAGCUGGGCGGAUCAAAUCAACGAGCAUCUGUUUCCUGGAACCAUCAAGCUUUAUAUAUACCACGGUAAAGGCAGAGAAGUGGAAUACUCGACGCUUGUUGACAACGAUAUUGUCUUAACAACUUAUGGCACUAUCACUUCUGAAUUCAGCCGUCAGCGUAGUAUAAUCCACCACAUCACAUGGUAUCGUCUAGUUCUAGACGAAGCCCAUGUCAUCCGAAACUGGUCGACGAAACAAUUUCGCACCGUUACUGCUAUUUCUGCUCAAAUCCGAUGGUGUUUGAGUGGUACUCCAAUUCAGAAUUCCCUUGACGACCUUGGUGCUUUGGUACAAUUCUUGAGGGUGCCAAUUCUAGAAGAACGAGCGACGUUCCGUCAGUUCAUUACCAAGAAGACUUUCGACAAAGGAGCUAUUAAGGACGCUUUUGGAAACCUCCGCAGCUUGUUAGGUUCCAUCUGUCUGCGGCGUCCCAAAAAAGUACUUCCAAUGUACCGGGAUACACAGAACUGGACUGAGACUUGGCAAAGCAUUGACUUCACUCCUUCCGAAAGAGCUCAGUAUCAGCGACUGGAGGAGACCUGUAAGAAUGCAAUUGUCAGCGCUGUGAACGGACGAAUGACCAAGGAGGCACAUCGAAGCAUUCUAGAGGCCUUGCUACGUCUACGCCUGUUCUGCAACAAUGGAGAAAGAGCGAUGGAUACACAUGGGUUUUCGCUCGGAAUGGACCCGGAUGAGAUCUUCAGUUCACUUUUACAGGCCGGAGACGCAACUUGCGCCUACUGUUCAUGCGAUGUCGUGUCCCUUGGAGGUUCCGGUGACCCAAGCUCAGCGAUUGUUACUAUAUGUCGUCACCUUGUGUGCGGUGAAUGCCUGGAUACGUACUGGAAUGACCUCAACGGCUACCAAGAUCAGGAAGAAGCUCCAUGCCCGCUGUGCCACGGAACUCACAACCACUACCGACAGUCAAUUGAAAGCACCUACUCUGUACGGCACCAUAGUGCUUUCGGACGAACUUACCCGACGAAAAUGCUUGUGCUUUUGGAGAACAUCUUACAGCACCGCAAGCAACACAAAAGUGUUGUCUUCAGUUUCUGGAAGAGGACACUCGAUAUUGUUGGCGACUUGCUCAGGGACAACAAUAUUCCAUAUUUUCGCGUCGAUGGAUCGUUAUCGUCGAGUGCAAGGAAAAGUGUUCUCUCGGAAUUCCAAAUAAGCACCGACACUACAGUUCUCCUCAUGACACUGGGUACCGGAGCAGUGGGAUUGAACAGCCUUUCUGUUGCGGACCGUCUACAUAUCCUCGAGCCGCAAUGGAAUCCAUCCGUGGAGAACCAAGCCAUUGGGCGUGUUCUCCGACUUGGGCAGAAAAACGCAGUUACAAUUGUUCGAUACAUUGUAAACAAUACAGUGGAGAAGAAUGUGCAAAAGCGUCAGCAUCGCAAGAACAUUCUCUUUCGCGGAGGAUUCGAUGACGAGACUAGGAGAAAAGGAAAAUUAGAUCAAUACUUAGAAAUGCUUUCAUGA